AUGGGAAAUUGUAAUAUUAAUGAGAAACAAGAGGAUUAGCUUGAAAGCAAUAGUACUUAUUCUUAAUAUUCUAAGUUACCUCUAUAUCAAACUUUUAAUUUAUUGAUGCAAUAGGUAGAGGUGGAUUUGGUAAAGUGUGGAAGGUGAAAAAAAAGAAAAACAAAUUGUUUUAUGCAUUGAAAGUAAUGUCGAAAGCAAAGUAUUUAAAAAUAGUUUAUAUUUUGAGAAUCAUACAAAAGAAGUCAGUUUAGUCUGUUAUAAAUGAGAGAUAAUUGCUUAGUAAUUUAAGACAUGGGUACAUAUAAUGUUAUAUUGUGAUUUUAAGAUUUUUGAUUAAUAUGCAAAGUGCUUUUUAAGAUAAAGAGUAUUUAUAUUUAGUAAUGGAUUUGUUAACAGGAGGAGAUUUGAGAUUUCAUAUAGGAAGGUUAAGAAGAUUUAAUGAAGAAUAAACAAGUACAGUUUGAAAAUUUGAAUUAGAAUUUUUUGCUGCUUGCAUCAUAAUAGCACUUGAAUAUUUACAUUAGAAUGGGAUACUACAUAGAGAUUUAAAGCCAGAGAAUUUGGUUUUUGAUAGUAGUGGUAAUUGUUUUAAAUAUUAUAGUGAGGUUAUUUAAGAUUAACAGAUUUGGGUAUAGCAAGAAUAUGGAAACCAGAGAAUUCAUCAGAUACUAGUGGAACACCAGGUUAUAUGGCUCCUGAAGUUAUGUGUCGUCAUAAUCAUGGAAUAGCAGUGGAUUAUUUUGCUUUGGGUGUUAUAGUUUUUGAGUGUAUGUUGGGAAGAAGACCAUAUUUAGGAAGGAGUAGAUAAGAAAUAAGAGAAUAAAUGUUAUCCAAAUAGGCAGCUAUAAAGAGACAAGAAAUUCCUCCAGGAUGGAAUAUAUAAGCAGGAGAUUUUGCUAAUUAAGUAAAUGUUAUUAUAUUUAAAAAUUAGUUACUUUAAAGAAAACCCUAAAAUCGUUUAGGUUCAAAUGGUCCUGAUGAAGUUAAAGAACACCCUUGGUUCAAAGAUUUUAAUUGGUAAAAAUUGGAGAACAAAAUUAUGAUUGCUCCAUUUAUUCCAAAUGUACAAUAUUAAUAAAUUUGAGCUAGUGCAAUGAAGAUAAUUAUUUACCCUCAGAUGGUAGGAAGGAUUCAGAGGAUUCACUUAAUUAAGAAUAAUAAAUAUUGUUAAGACGUAAUUCAAUAUAAGGUAUAUUUUAAUUAAUCUUUUUUAAGAUUUAUUUAAAGUUUAUGAUUAUGAUAGUAGUCAAUAACAACCUUCAAUUAACAAUCUUAUGAUUGUUUCUAACUAAUCAUCAGCUAGAUUGAGUAAACCACCUACUUCUUCAAGCACUCCAAAGUCUUCUAAAUUAUGA